GUCGGCGAUCUAUAUCCACUUUUAACUUCGGAGACAUUCUAGAGAGAGAAGCAAGGUACAUACGCGCAUAGCGAGAGAGAGAGAUUGCGAACUGCGAUUUCCGGCUGCUCUGAUACAGAGUUUUGGCAAUAUAUACAUAUUACAGAGACGUUCUAGAGAGAGAAGCAAGUAGAUAUAUAUACAUAUUGAGAGAGAGAGUGAGGGUUUGCAACCUGCGAUUUUCAACUGUUCUGAUACUGAGUUUCGGCAAUAUAUACAUUCUCGUUCUAAUUCUAUAGAAAUCCAGAGAAAUAAUUUGCAAGAAAAAAGCUAUAAGUCUGUUCAAGAAUUUAAUUAAAGAAUAACUUCUCAAAUGGCAAAAGAUGAUGCAAUCGCUAUAAAAGAUGCCAUCCACAAGGUCCAACUUUCUCUCCUUGAAGGCAUUCAAUCCGAGAACCAGCUAUUUGCAGCCGGAUCGUUGAUGUCUCGAAGUGACUACCAAGAUGUUGUGACUGAACGAUCAAUUGCCGACAUGUGUGGCUAUCCUCUCUGCUGCAAUUCUUUACCAGAAGAGCGGCCUCGAAAGGGCCGGUAUCGCAUUUCGUUGAAGGAGCAUAAGGUUUAUGAUCUACAUGAAACAUACAUGUAUUGUUCGACAGAUUGUGUUGUGAAUAGCCGAACGUUUGCUGGGAGUUUGCAAGAAGAUAGAUGCUCUGUUCUGAACUCAGCAAAACUCAAUGAAAUCCUGAGGUUGUUUGAGGGAAUGAGUUUGAACACUAAAGAGGAUUUGGGUAAGAAAGGAGAUUUAGGGUUUUCUAAGUUGAAGAUUAAGGAAAAGACAGAUACAAAGGUUGGGGAAGUGUCUUUGGAGCAGUGGAUUGGACCAUCAAACGCAAUUGAAGGCUAUGUUCCACAGAGAGAUCGCAUCUCAAAGCCUUCGCGUACAAAAAACAUCAAAGAAGGGUCUAAAGCCAACCAUGCUAAGCUGAAUAAGCAAAAAAACAUAUUUAAUGAGAUGGACUUCACGAGUGCUGUAAUAACUGAAGACGAGUAUAGCAUUUCAAAGAUGCCAUCAGGCCCAAAUGUGGUUGUCUCUGAUACAAAAUUUAAAGAACCGAAAGGACAAGUGAGGCAGAAAAAAAUUGAGGAUCAGUUCAGCAUAUUGGAGAUAUCGUCUUCUCCACUAGGAAGAGAUUCUGGAGUUAAACUAAAGCAAUCAGAAGAAAAGAAGAGUGGAAUUAUUAGAAGUGGUGAGUUCAGCAUUCCAGAAUCAUCUUUGUCGUGUUGCCAAAAUGGUCUUAACAUAAAUGCUACUGAAGCACGAGGGAAAUCCCAUGCUGAAAAGGAUGCACACUUGGGUGCCGCCAUUCUCAAACAUUCUCUAAAACAUGCAGCUAAAAAGAAACAUACUCGCUCUGUUACUUGGGCUGAUGAGAAAACUGAUAGUGCAGACAGUAAGAAUCUUUGUGAGGUUAGAGAAUUUGGAAAUACAAAAGAAGCUGCUCAGAGGUUUGAUUCUAAAAAUAUACAAGAUGAUGAUAGUUCAUUUCGAUGUGCUUCAGCAGAAGCAUGUGCAAUAGCACUGAGCCAAGCAGCGGAAGCUAUUGCAUCUGGACAGUCUGGUGUCUCUGAUGCUGUGUCUGAAGCUGGAAUUAUUAUAUUGCCACCUCCCCACGAUGCGAAUGACGCAGAAUCCCAGAUGAACAUUGAUGUGCUUGAACCAGAACCAGCUCCUUUAAAGUGGCCAAGAAAGCCUGGAAAUCCAAAUUAUGAUUUUUUUGACUCUGAGGAUUCUUGGUAUGAUAGUCCACCAGAGGCGUUUAAUUUGACUUUGUCAUCAUUUGCAUCAAUGUGGAUGGCACUCUUCGCAUGGAUAUCAUCAUCUUCUUUGGCAUAUAUAUAUGGACGUGAUGAAAGUUUUCAUGAAGAGUAUUUAUCAAUCAAUGGAAGGGAGUAUCCUCCGAAAAUCGUAGCGACUGAUGGUCGUUCUUCUGAAAUCAAGCAAACACUGGCUGGCUGUCUUGCUCGGGCUUUGCCUGGACUUGUUGCUGAUCUCAGGCUGCCAACACCAGUAUCUAUUCUGGAGCAAGGAAUGGGACGCUUGCUGGAUACAAUGUCUUUUAUUGAUCCACUUCCCCCAUUCAGAAUGAAGCAGUGGCAAGUGAUUGUUCUUUUGUUUAUUGAUGCUCUUUCCGUAUCAAGGAUUCCUGCACUUACUCCACACAUGACAAAUGGGAAGGCAUUGUUUUACAAGGUACUAAAUAGUGCCCAGAUAAGUGCAGAAGAGUACGAGACCAUGAAGGAUCUGAUAUUGCCGCUUAGCCGAGUAGCUGAAUUCUCUACACAGAAAGGUGGUUAAUCUAACAAAAUAGCACCUGGGUCAUGUGGCCAACUGACUUCAAUUUUGCGAAAUAUCUAUAUCGCUCUAAUCUGAAUUGAUAUGCGUGCGUGGCCCAUAGGGAAUAUGAGUUUCUCAAACCAGUAAAAUACUACUCUUGGUAAUUUGAUCGAACUUUUGGUUGCGCACUGAUACUUGUUAAAUUGUAGAGUGGCAUUGUUCCUUCUUUUCUCCCCGUGUCUAUUAGUCCCUGAUUCAAAAUUUAGUUCAUAGAGAUGAAAUAUACUGAGGAUAGUCUAACCACGAGAAAGAUUAGUCGUCUCAACUGUCAAAUUGUUUUGGGUGGCCUGAGAAAAAAAAAAUGGUAGGUAGUAGUUUGAAACUUUGACAACCGAAGGCUCUAAACCAAAUCAUAGUGCUCUUGUUAGUUGUUACAUUGCAUGUUAAUUUUUGGACACUGCAGUAAUGUGAUAUCAUAAUUGAACAAAAAAGAGUCUGCAACGUUUGAGGCUCUCUUUUGAGUUUGUAUGUAUGAGAAGUUCCAUUUCAAUAUUGUAACACUAUCAAAGUGAGUGAGUAACACAUUUUCAUCAUUUUUACAUCCUAGUUAUUAAUGUUAUUUCAUUUUCAUUAUUUGUACAAGAGAGUACAAUAAACAAAUGUAUUCGUGAGAUGAUUUUAGGUCCAUGGUUGAUUUUAUUUUCCUUAA